GGCGUGCCUCGCGCCGCCAUGGCCGACCUGUUCGAUGGGAUCGUGAUGGCCGAGCACAGGUUCCACGGGCAGGGCUACCAGGAGGGGCUGGCAGAGGGCAGCCACGCUGGAAUGGCUGAGGGCAGGAGGUACGGAGCACUCCGUGGAGCCAGGACCGGCUCGGAGAUUGGUUGCUACCUUGGGUUUGCCCUGACGUGGCAGUGUCUGCUCCAGAAAUGCACAGAUGAAAAGAACAGAAAAAAGAUAAGGGCUCUGGAUUCGUUAAUAGGGAUGAUUCAAAAAUUCCCAUAUGAAGACCCCACUUAUGAUAAGCUGCAAGAAGAUCUGGAAAAAAUCAGAGGAAAAUUUAAACAGGUUUGUUCAAUGCUAAAUAUUCAGUCUGAUUUUAGAAUUGAUAAUGAGAGAUCUUCACUAACAUUUUGAAUGCAACAGAUGAAGAUAAUCGUGGAUGACCGAAGGAAAAAACCAUUAAAAGAACAGAUCUGGAAAAGUGUCUAUCUACUUUUAUAUGAAAAAAAAAUCUAAAUAGUGAAGAGAUGUUAAAGGGGAAGUGAAAAAUCACUGGACUUGCAAUAUUAUUUAACAUUUAUUAUCUUCAAGUUUUAUUUCGGAUAUUACACACGCUAGUGUGUAAAUCUGUUAAAUAGAAAUAUUUGUUUUAAUUCUUUCCUAGUCUUUUACUGAUAAUUCCUCAAAAGGAAAAUAAGCAUUUGCACAGUUUCCUUGUUUAAAGGAUGUCUAUUACUUAAAAAUCUGUGUAUGCAGAUCAUUCAGUUUGCACAAUGUGUACAUGCUGUGGGUGAAGGAAAAUAAAAUCAAUUUCCUGCAGGCUUUGCAGCAGGAAACAUUUUUGUGGGGAGAAGAUGGAAUGACAGAGGAUGUCAGAAAGCAGAGGAGAAGGAUGAAGAUACCUGCUCAGAAUAUGGAAUUUGCACCUGGUUUUCCAAUAGUUUUGCAGACUGGUAGGGGGAAGGGAGCAAACUGCACAAAAUCUAAUCCCUCCCUCACUCACCAGUUUAAAUGGUGGGUGAGAUAAACACGACUGCCAGGAGAGUUGUGAUCCUCAUUGUCUGUAUUUAUUAGUACCCCUUACACAGACCAGCUUUUUAUGUGCCAGCCUUGAAAAGUGACCACUUCAGUCUCAUUCCAAGUCAAUGCAUGCUGCCAGCUGCGUGUGUUUAACUGUGCUAGCUGAGAGGAGUACCUGGAACAGGCUUUGGCUUGGGCUGCUGGAUGUCUUUGCCUUCCAGUAAGGAAUUCCAGAAUUCCAGCUUUUACCAGCUGUACCCUGUGUGUGUCUGGCUCUGCCUGCACGGCACGGUUCAGCCUUAUGAAGACAGACUGAGGUUUUUGGUUUGUUUAACUGUUUUACACAUGAAUUUUGAUACACACAGGCAGUGUCAGAGCCAUCUAGUGGAUAUGUGGGAUUGUAGGAGCUCACAAAUAUUUGUGUAGGUGAAGUUGUGUUAAAAUAGACAGUACAGAACAUACACACUCAUGAUAAUUCUAAUUAUGUGGAGAAUAUCUUUGCAAAGAAGUAACACUGAGGUAGGAAUUAAUUUUUACUUGUUUCCUCAUUUGCAAAAAUGUCUGUAAAAGCAAGGGCAGGGUUAUGAGAGCUCUAUUCUAUUUGUUUAAUAGAAGUGUGUGAUAUGUGAGUGACAAGCCAAGAUGCUGCUCCAGAGAUUAUAUCAAACACAGUUUUUUUUGUUCAGCUCAGGAGAGAAGGGGUCUUUGGCAGUCAGGUGGUGACUGUUAUUUGGAAAAUUGCUUUGGUGGCUAAUUUUCUUGUAUUGCUUUAGUUGUAUUUUUAAAAAAUAAAAUUAUAGUAAAUUAUUAUAUAAAUACAUGUGUAUAUGCUGAACUAUAAAUAUUGUAUCAACCAGGAUUUCCAGGUGGGAUAUACCAAGUUUAGGGUUAUCUAUUAGGUCUUUAAUUUUUUAAUUAGGUCUUUAAUUAAGUUUCAUUUGUGUGGACACAUUGAUGGAGUGUCUUCUUCCAUGAGUCUGUGUUUUUUUGAAUAUCUGCUGUUUCACACCUUGUGUGGGCCUGGUUUGGUUUAUUAAAUGAGGUACAGUUCAAAA